CAACACCGCACUCCAGGCGCUUCCGGGUAACUCGGUCACAUGAUCGCAGACGUGACGUCUAGUCAGCUGAUAGCAAAUAGUCAGAUACUGUGAUAUAAAUUCCGAUCGGCACUGAUACGGCGCAAGGUGGAAGAUGGACAUCCGGGGAGCUGUGGACGCGACUGUGCCCACCAACGUGAUCGCCGCCAAGGCUGCGGAGGUUCGGGCCAACAAAGUCAACUGGCAGUCCUACCUCCAGGGGCAGAUGAUUUCUUCUGAAGAUUGUGAGUUCAUCAAGAGGUUUGAACAGUCUGAGGAUAAGCAGGAGAUACUGACCAAUGAGGGUCAUCAGUGCGCUAAGACCUUCCUGAACCUCAUGGCUCACAUCUCCAAGGAGCAGACGGUGCAGUAUAUCCUCACGCUGAUCGACGACACGCUGCAGGAGAACCACCAGAGGGUGAACGUCUUCUUUGAUUACGCCAAGAAGACCAAGAACACAGCCUGGUCCUACUUCCUGCCCAUGCUAAACCGGCAGGAUCCCUUCACCGUCCACAUGGCGGCAAGGAUCAUCGCCAAGCUGGCCGCCUGGGGUCGUGAGCUGAUGGAAGGCAGUGACCUGAACUACUAUUUCAACUGGAUCAAAACACAGCUUUGCUCCCAGGGCCAGUGGUGUAUGCUUUCGUUGUCAGAGUUGAGUUUUGGAGGGAAGACGAGAGAGCCCUCGAGCUGCCAGUACGCCCAGUGCGUCGCUGGCUGCCUGCAGCUGAUGCUGAGGAUCAACGAGUACAGGUUCGCCUGGGUGGAAGCAGAUGGCGUUAACUCCAUCACAGCAGUGCUGAGCAGUAAGUGUGGCUUCCAGCUGCAGUACCAGAUGAUCUUCUGCCUGUGGCUGCUGGCCUUCAGCCCCCAGAUGUGCGAGCAUCUCAGGCGUUACAAUGUGGUCCCCGUGCUGGCGGACAUCCUACAGGAAUCUGUGAAGGAGAAGGUCACGCGCAUCAUCCUGGCCGUGUUCCGGAACCUUCUGGAGAAGUCGAGCGAACGGGAGACCUGCCAGGAAUACGCACUGGCCAUGAUCCAGUGCAAGGUGCUGAAGCAACUGGAGAACCUGGAACAGCAGAGGUACGACGACGAGGACAUCACAGACGACAUCAAGUUUCUGCUGGAGAGGCUGGGCGAGAGCGUGCAGGACCUCAGCUCCUUUGAUGAGUACAGCUCCGAGCUGAAGUCCGGACGCCUGGAGUGGAGCCCCGUGCACAAAUCCGAGAAGUUCUGGCGGGAGAACGCUGUGCGGCUGAACGAGAAGAACUACGAACUCCUCAAGAUCCUGACCCGGCUUCUGGAAGUCUCCGAGGACCCUCAGGUCAUCGCAGUGGCGGCCCAUGAUGUGGGGGAGUAUGUACGGCAUUACCCUCGUGGCAAACGGGUGAUCGAGCAGCUCGGUGGAAAGCAGCUGGUGAUGAACCACAUGCACCACGAGGACCAGCUGGUCCGCUACAACGCCCUGCUGGCCGUGCAGAAGCUCAUGGUGCACAACUGGGAGUACCUCGGAAAGCAGCUGCAGUCCACGGAGCAGCCCAACGCGGUCGCCGCUAGGAGCUGAUUGGACCGUGUGCGUGCACCGUGUGCGUGCACCGUGUGUGUACAUGAGCCUGUGUCCAAUGCACACGGCUUCUCCUGGUGUGUUAAUGGUCCACUCUGAUCUGGGGUGUAACGCUAUCAGCCUGUCGACCAGUGCCCCCACCCCCAUUAUUAUUGUCUGUUCGAUGUUCUUGUCCAGUGCUGUAUGCGUGUGCUGAUCUGGACCCAUCCCUGACCUUAACUGGAGAUGUAACUUAUUCUUCGUCAUACUUAUUGCACAAAGCUCCUGGAAUCUAAAUAAAAAAUAUCUUAACUGUAGUAAA